AUGGCUUUAUCAGCCAGUGGUGACAACACUGAGAUUACCUCCCAACGUCUUAACUUUCUACUAACUCUUUCAUCUCUUUCUGAUAGUAACUUGAGCGUCGGAGGCUCUAUGCCGGAAACACAUUCGGCGUUGAGUUCUUGCAGGUGUUUGCGAAGGUCUAGAGGCGAUUUGAAGGCGGUUCAAACAGCUUUUGGCUUCCGUGUUUUGAAAAUGGGUGCUGAACCCCAGUUUCCAGUAGACAUGGCACAGGCAUUACUUCAAUCAACCAACUUGUCUUCCUCAGUUGGUUUCGUAAAUAGUGGAAAUAAAAUCAGGGGCUCUAAUAAAUCAAUACAGGCAGCAUAUACGUUUUGCGGCCCUCAAUCGGCUCCCGUGAGGAUAAGGAACUUCGUGGGAUGGCGUGGAGAAAAUGCUUUAGACUUCUUGGGGCCCUCCAACAAACGGGAGACACUGUUUUCAAAAGUGGCAUCAGCAAUCAAUAUCCCCAAACGAGGUACGAAAUCGCGCCUGGCUACUCCACGUGCCAUGUUCGAGCGAUUCACGGAGAAAGCAAUAAAGGUGAUUAUGCUUGCACAAGAGGAGGCAAGAAGGCUCGGGCACAAUUUUGUUGGGACUGAGCAGAUUCUGUUGGGGCUCAUUGGUGAGGGCACAGGGAUUGCUGCCAAGGUGCUGAAGUCCAUGGGAAUUAACCUCAAGGAUGCCCGUGUGGAGGUGGAGAAAAUAAUCGGAAGGGGUAGUGGGUUUGUAGCUGUUGAGAUACCCUUUACUCCUCGAGCCAAGCGUGUUCUGGAACUAUCCCUUGAGGAGGCUCGCCAGCUUGGUCACAAUUACAUUGGAUCAGAGCACUUGCUGCUGGGAUUGCUUCGUGAGGGUGAAGGUGUGGCAGCUCGUGUCCUUGAGAAUUUAGGUGCUGAUCCUAGUAAUAUACGAACUCAGGCAAAGGCUGUUGGUGCUGGUGUUGGAGGUGGGACCUCGGGCAACAAAAUGCCCACUCUUGAGGAAUAUGGCACCAAUUUGACCAAGCUAGCUGAGGAGGGAAAACUCGACCCUGUUGUUGGAAGACAGGAGCAAAUUGAGCGUGUGACUCAAAUCUUAGGACGUCGCACAAAAAAUAAUCCUUGCCUGAUUGGAGAACCUGGUGUUGGUAAAACGGCUAUUGCCGAGGGCCUCGCUCAAAGAAUAGCCAAUGGAGAUGUUCCGGAAACUAUUGAGGGGAAAAAGGUUACUACUAAAUUCCUUAAUAGAAUAAAAGCUGCAAACUGUUACAAGAUUUAUGUCAUGAAUUGGAAAUAUGCAGUGCCUUUUGUAGUUCUAAUCUUCUUAGUUCAUUGUGGUGACAUCAGAAGAAGUGAUCCAAAAUUGGUUAUAACCCUGGAUAUGGGUCUCCUUGUUGCCGGUACAAAGUACCGAGGUGAAUUUGAGGAGAGAUUGAAGAAGUUAAUGGAGGAGAUUAAGCAAAGUGAUGAAAUAAUCCUAUUCAUUGAUGAGGUGCACACGUUGAUUGGAGCAGGAGCUGCUGAAGGUGCAAUUGAUGCUGCUAACAUCUUGAAGCCUGCCUUAGCUAGGGGUGAGCUACAGUGUAUUGGGGCCACCACACUUGAUGAAUACCGAAAGCACAUCGAGAAGGAUCCUGCUCUAGAAAGAAGAUUCCAACCUGUGAAGGUCCCUGAACCCUCAGUGGACGAAACCAUUCAGAUUCUUAAAGGGCUUAGGGAACGCUAUGAAAUACACCACAAGCUUCGCUACACUGAUGAAGCUUUAGAUGCUGCAGCUCAUUUGUCUCAUCAAUACAUCAGAUUUUCGCCAUGUCAGCAUUCGAAGCGUGAGAAUCUGCCACUUAGGCUCAACGCGGGCGAGCUGCGUGACCGUGAGAUGGACUUGAAGACCCAAAUCUCCGCCCUGAUCGACAAAAACAAGGAGCUAACCAAAGCCGAGGCCGAAUCCGGCGACGGCGGCCCCACCGUCACCGAAGCCGACAUCCAACACAUCGUCUCCUCGUGGACCGGAAUCCCCGUCGAAAAAGUCUCGUCCGACGAGUCCGACCGCCUCCUCAAAAUGGAGUCGACCCUCCACCGCCGCAUCAUUGGCCAAGACGAGGCCGUCGAGGCCAUCUCCCGCGCCAUCCGCCGCGCCCGCGUCGGCCUCAAGAACCCCAACCGUCCCAUCGCCUCCUUCAUCUUCUCCGGCCCCACUGGCGUCGGCAAAUCCGAGCUCGCCAAGACCCUUGCCGCCUACUACUUCGGCUCCGAGGACGCAAUGGUCCGCCUCGAUAUGUCCGAGUACAUGGAGCGUCACACCGUCUCCAAGCUCAUCGGCUCGCCGCCGGGCUACGUCGGCUACACGGAGGGCGGCCAGCUCACUGAGGCCGUCCGCCGCAAACCCUACACCGUCGUCCUCUUCGACGAGAUCGAGAAGGCCCACCCGGACGUUUUCAAUCUAAUGCUUCAAAUUUUGGAGGACGGGCGUUUGACCGACAGCAAGGGGCGGACGGUUGACUUCAAGAACACGCUUCUGAUCAUGACAUCGAACAUCGGGAGUAGCGUGAUCCUCAAGACGAAGAAGCCCAAGCGGAGGAGGUUCGGUUUCCAACUCGAAGUCGAGCAGGAGGAGGACGAGGAGGAUAAGGAGGAGCGGAGUUACAGGAGCAUCAAGCGUGCAGUGAUCGGGGAGCUGAAGGACUACUUCCGGCCGGAGUUUUUGAACAGGCUGGACGAGAUGAUUGUGUUCAGGCAGCUGACGAAGGAGGAGGUGAAGGAGAUUGCGGGGAUUAUGCUGAACGAAGUUUUCGAGAGGUUGAGGAAGAAGGAGAUUGAGCUGAAGGCGACGGAGGAUUUUACGGAUCUGGUGGUGGAGCAAGGGUUUAGUCGGAGCUAUGGGGCGAGGCCGCUGAGGAGGGCAAUCAUGAGGCUGCUGGAAGAUAGCAUGGCUGAGAAGAUGCUUUCGGGGGAAAUUAAGGAAGGGGAUUCGGUUAUUGUGGAUGUUGAUGACGAAGGGGAAGUGGUUGUGCUGAAUGGUGCGAGUGGGACCUUAGUCGACUCGCCGCCUGAGCAGUCACCCGAGGAGUCACCCGAGCAGCCGUCGACCGAGCAGUCGCCCGAGCCAGUGGCUGCCUAG